AUGAAGUCCUUCGUUUCUGUUGCUAUUCUGCCCCUUGCGGUUCAGGCUGUGAGAAUCGUUCAAUCUAACGAUGAUGGCUGGGCAGAGUCAUAUAUCCGCACUUUCAAUGACGCUUUGAACAGUGCGGGUUACGACGUUGUUCUCUCGGCUCCUGCAGAGAACAAGUCUGGCAGCAGCUCUAGGGAUGAGAAGCCAAAGGACCGCACCACGGCGUGUCAGUACGACAGCUGUCCUGCCAACAGCGGCCCUGUUGGUCAUGAUCCCAAACGCCCUGAUCUUAAUUGGGUCAACUCGUUCCCUGUCACUUCAAUGAAGUACGGUAUCGACACUUUUGGUCCUGGCUUGUGGGAUGGCGCCGCUCCUGAGCUUGCUGUCGCUGGUCCCAACGUUGGAACCAACCUUUGGCUCCAAGUUCCUUUCUCUGGCACCGUCGGCGCCGCUUGCUAUGCUGCUCACGAAGAAGGCAUCCCAGCCAUUGCCUUCUCUGGAGCUUCUACCGGAAAUACGGCCUUCAACACUAGCCCCGUGCCCAAGCGCAGUCUUGUCUACGCUGAGCUCGCGACCACUCUCGUCAAGAAGAUUGUCGACUCUGGAAAGCCUUACCUGCCCAAGGAUGUCUAUCUCAACGUCAACUUUGGCAAGGUUGAGGGUAAAUGUACUGAUGCGUCCAAGUUCCAGUGGGUGUUGACCCGCAUCAACACUGGUCUUCUGUCUGAGCGUGAUACUGAAUGGUGUGGCGAGGAUCGCCUUCCUACUGAGACUGAGAUUGCUCUGAAGGACGGAUGUUUUGCUUCUAUUAGUGUUGGUGAUGCUGCUGAUAAGACGACUGCUGAUGCUGCGCGACAGAAGGUUGUGUUGGGCAAGUUGAAGGACAUGUUUGUUUGUGUUGAUUAG